AUGGGGAUCAAAGGAUGUCUCUGCGUGGGGGAGGGCCCGGGCCCCCGCAGCCCUCUCUUCCAGGAGCCUGUGGUGGCUGGCUCUGGGCUGGGGGUGCCGAAAAGUGGCCUUGCGGGUUUCGUUACGAAGCCUGGGCCGCGUUCCAAGCCUCUCAUCUGUCCCUCUAAGCGGCUCCGACAGAUCCCUCCGCAGUACACGGAUUCUCGUCGGGAUAACGUCUUGGAGAGGAACAAGCUGGAAUCUGAUCCAGUCAGAGGAACACGACCAGGGCACUACCAGCUGGUCUUCCACACUGUCAGAUGGGACCUGGUGAUGCCACGAAGAUGGUCAGUGGAGAAACCACUGCAGGUGAAGCAGCCAGAGCAGCAGAAGCAUCUCACUUCCGAGACCAGCCCCUGGUGGCCAGUGAGGGACAGUCAAGCCAUCUGA